UUUACAUCUACAGUCGAUCCCUUCCCAUCCUCAUCAUCGCUUUCCUCGGACAUUCUUUCCCUCCUAUCUUCUUUGUCGUUAGUAUUCUGAAAUCUCUAUCAUAAACCUAUAUCUCGUCUCUUUAGAGCGCUUUCCCUCUCUUUCCGGAUUUCCUUCCCUCGCUCAGCUCGCCAUGAGCUCGCAGCGUUAUGAACGGGUGAAUGCCCACGACGAAGACGAAGAACCACAAUUCCAAUCGUCGAUCCCUCUUCGGGCAACGCCCAACUCCCCCCCUCCUUCGUUUCGAUCACGUUCUACCUCCCCAUCGUCAAGACGUCUUCUCCACGAAGAUCCCCUACGAAACGAUGCAGAUCAGACUCUGGCCGACGCAUUUGAUGAUGAGAGUGACUCCGAAGCAGAUGAACCAGACGACCGCCAGCGUUUAAUGCGGGCUCAGCCGGAAUCGCGACCAUUGACAGAUAGCAGCAGUGUGACCGCUGGCUCUCCAUCAGGAGUGAUCAAUGGACAGCAACAGUCUGAGGAGCCGCGUAAUGGGAUCCAGAGGAGGCAAACAAUCCUUCCAACCUUCGGCACGGGUAGUCGGAUGAUCAGUUCAACGAAUGAUGGUGUCUUUGCGAACCUGGCGGCUAAGCCGGAGCGUGGGGAGAAGAACGAAGAUCUUCCUCCGUCCUAUGAGGAGGCUGCUGCCGACGCCACUCCUCCGUACUGGGAGACCACGAUCCUGGCCCCUGGGAUAUUAUCCGACGAAGUGUUUGUGGAUGGGUUGCCAGUUGGGUCUGUUUUCUCGUUUGUCUGGAACGCCAUGAUCUCCAUGUCCUUCCAACUGGUCGGUUUCCUCCUGACCUACCUUCUUCAUACCACGCAUGCAGCGAAGAACGGAAGUCGGGCUGGCCUUGGCCUAACUCUCGUGCAAUACGGCUUUUACAUGAAAAGUGGAAGUGAGUCCAAACCGGAUGAUGGGGCAGAUCAAUACGUGACGCCUCCGGAUCCCAAUAGCCACAACUUUGACCCCAGCACCGUCUCCGAUGGCUCUGGAGGCGAUACUAGCAGUGGUGUAUCUGGUAUUUCAACGAGCGAAUGGAUUUCUUACGUCCUAAUGAUCGUUGGUUGGUUUAUUUUAAUCCGUGCUAUCAGUGACUAUUUAAGGGCCCGGCGCCAUGAGCAGCUUGUGCUGCAAAGCCCAGAUCGAGGCCUUCCUGUCCCAAUCAUUGCGGCGAACGAACGAUCUGAGACCGUCGUUUAAGUUUCCGUCGCAUUGAUUUGCAAAAUACCGG